CUUUUAUAGUAUCACAAAGAGCAAUAUUUAAUCUUUUUCUUUCAUUCCAGUAUUUUUAUUUUUAUUUAAUAAAGUAGUCCCGACCUUUCGUUGAAGCUACCUUUGUAUUUGAAGCUUUAAAUAUGGCUACAUUGGCGAUAUCGGUUCUUGUUCAUCUGAGAGAAGUAUAUACGAGGAGUGACAUGAAGAUUACGUUUUAUAGCAUCAAAUAGAAAUCCACUCUACCUCACCUCCCCUCCCCUCCCUGUGCCUCCAUAAUUGCCUCCAUACUCCUAGCAUCCUCCUAGACUCCUCCUGAGUCACUGUGUCGGACCGGCGCUCUCCUGUGGGGAGUUUAACGUCUUUCUGGCUCUUGUCACGUCCCUCCACUCGAUGACCCAGGUGGCUCCAGGUCCAGCUGACAUGACAGCGCUGGUCCCUCCUCCUGCGCCAACACUGCUCGCCAACAGGCACGCAUCUCCUUCUCGAUCACCAUCCAAUCACAGAAGCCCUCCAGGCUCCCAGCUGCAUUUAGCAAAAGAGCAAAGCAACGACGGAGAGAAAAUUCGAGAGCUGUCGGAGGUGCUGCAGGAUAAAGAGCGUCGCGUUCAACAGCAACUGGAACGCUGCGCAGAGGAGCGAGGGAGGAAGAUGGAGGAGCAGAGGAGGAAGGAGCAGCAGCGCAAGGCGGCGGCUGUGGAGAAGAGACGAAAACAGCAAGAGGCGGAAAAGGAGAGGCUGGAGGCCAUGGUACGCCGAAGAGCCGGGGGCCCUGAAAGACGAGGAGGGGGAGGUGGAGGUGGAGGAGGAGAAGCCCGGGAGCACCUGGAUAACAGGCCUAAACGGUGGACAUGGGGAGGACCGCCUGAUGGAGUGGAGGGUAACCCUAAGACCCCACCCUGCCAUGCCAUUGGCUCCGCUCAGCCCAAUGAGCUUCCUGCUGCUUCCAGUGCCAGCCAGUCCCGUAACGCGGUUGACUUCCUGUCUCCACCAACUGAUCAGCCAAUCAACAAACAGCUUUCCAACUCUUCAGCUGCUCUUCACUCACCGGACAGAGUGUCUUUUGUGUCCCAUCGAACAGCUUCAUCCAACAACCACAAACUAACCAGGAGUUCCUCCAACCGCAGAAGCAUCGCUGGGUUCCCCGAAGAAACAUCCAGAGCCAAAACACCCACGGGGGAGUCAGCAAACACACCAAGCCGCAGUUCUUCCUUCAGGGCCAACAGCAAGGGCCCUGCCACACCGAAACGGGUGAGGUCUAGCAGGAGUCGCGCCCAGUCUCCCUGCUCCCCUGGUCAGUAUCCGCCCUCCCCUCUCCGGCAGAGAGCCAGCACCCCCGGCACCGAUGAGGUCAAAGGUCACAGCACCCUGGAGAGGAAAUCCACCAAAUCUGAGACAUCGGAGAAGAAGAUCCCCAAAUCCACCAGCAGAGAACUCAACGCAGAGUCUCCGGGCACGCCCACAGGAAGGAGUGUGGGCGGGACCACAGACGCCGAGGAGGCGUCCAGACUGCUGGCCGAGAGACGCCGUCUGGCCCGAAUACAGAAGGAGCAGGAGGAGCGACAGCGGCAGGAGGAGGAGAGGCUAAGGGCAGAGGAGGAGCAAAGGAGGCAGCAGGAGGCCAGAGAGCGGCAGGAGAGGGCGGCACGGCAGGCCGAGGAGGAGAGGGUGAGGCGGGAGGAGGAGAAGGCGAGACGGGAGGAGGAGGAGAGACGGCAGAAGGAGCAGAGAUGGAAGGACAUGCAGGAUCAGCUGGACAGAGAGAGGGAGGAGGCCUUCCUGCGAGCUCAGAGGGAGGCUGAGAGGAAGAGGCAGGAGAGAGAGCUGCUGCACAUCCAGGAGGAGCAGGAGAGACAGCAGAGGAAGAAGAGAAUUGAGGAGAUUAUGAAAAGAACAAGGAAGAGUGAAGUGGAGCCUCCAUCUGCUGCUCCAGCAACCGAGAUGCGAGGUGAAGCUGCUGUCGCCUCGGAGGAGGACGCCGCGACUCCCGCUGAAGCCCCCAUCAUCUUGCUGGGACCCCUGGAGAAGAGCAGUGUGGACGAGCUGUCAGAUGGAGUCCAGUCCAUGGACGUGAGCUCUCCAUCUGUCUCCAUCAGUCCAGUGUCCAGGGAUGAGCAGGCGAGCGCCCACGAGUUCUCGCCGGUCACCGAGGGAACAGACGGCUGCCCCCUGGGGCACCUGAUGGACGAUGACGCCCCGGGGCGAGGGCAGCAGCAGGCUGCAGAGGUGCAGCCUUACCCCAAAAUGCAGGCUGGAAGCGGGGUCGGAGACCUCAACAAGAACCUGCUGAUUCACGGGUACAGCAGCGCCGCCUCCGAGUCGUCCCAGCUCAUCCACAGCGUCGGGCCGAGCAAGCUGGACAUCCAGUAGCCAGGACCUUUUUCAGGAGGCCGGCAGCUAAAAACAGGAGCCAGGAGAAACAGACCAAGAGACCAGAACAACAGUCAUCAUCUCCACAGGAAACGACUGCUGAACACCUGAUUUCUCAUCUGUAUUACCAAACCACACACAUGCAUCACUGUUAAGCUUCUGGCCACAUUUUAGGGCAGUGCAGGUGGGCAAUUGCAGCUCUUAGAAACACAACACAGUUUUACCUAAUCAUGCAGGUAAUGUGAUAUAUUUAUAUAUAUGAAUAUUAUGUUACAGAGUGAAGUUUAGGUCACAGUUUAUUCGUCUAAAACCCAAAUAAAUCCAAACUUUGUGCUGUAAAAGUUGGAGCUACUUCCCCUCCACGCCUGAAUCCAGUAUUUCCCAGCUGCACUGCCACCAAACAUAACCCGGCCGCUUUAAUCUGUCAUCUCUGCUCUUGAAACUGUUGUAAAUAGAUGUUUGAUGCGGUCACAGUGGGGACAGGAAGCGGCUCUGUAGCAGCUGAUCUGGAGGAGAGCCGUGAGACUGAUGCUGUUGUGUGAAUCCGUGUGUAGCAUCCUCAGCUUGCCGAGCUGUUUCAUGGCCGUGGUUGUGGGUUCCCGUGUGUUUAUCCCACCUCUGACCUGCUCUGCUGUAGAUUUCCUUCCAUCCUGACGCAGGAGAAACCAUCAGAAACUGAAACGAUGAACCCGCUGUCGACCCGUAGCCUUUAGCUGUUGUUUCUCUGCCGCUCAUCACUGGACCGAUGGCCCGAUUUGAGGACUAGCAACAAUCAAACACGAGGAAAAAAUGCGACCUUUCUGGGGGAAAAAUGCUACAUGUCUUGUAAUUUAAUGUGCAGGGCGGGGGGAUAUUGAGACAGCGUGUUGUGUAUUUGUCUGGCACCGACUGUAACCACGCAAGCUGCAGUUUAUAGUGUGCACUUACAGUAGUUGUAUGUUUGUUACACCGCUCUGAAGACGCUUAAAUCUCCAGCCCACGUCCCCGAAUCAAAUAUACCUCACCGAUUCAGAACAGCUUUCACCACCUCGCAGCUCAUCACCUCUGAGGCCUUAAACCUCUGUGCAGUCAGCAUCCUCCCCGUCACCCUCAGGCACGUCCACUUUCUGCUGAUUUUAAAGGCCCGUUUCCACGAGGAGGACGAGAACCACAAACACUCACCGAGGAGGCGUCUUUGCCCUUUAGCUCACACACAGCAGGAGAUUACCUGAAAGUAAAGGUUAACCACAGUCCAGAAAUGUUAGUGUUCAUAUCCACAGGUAAAAAACUCAAUUACCAAACUCAAAUUUAUGGACAUUUUAAGGAAUUUGAGCUGCAGAAAAGCUUUAGCCUUUAAGUCGUGGUAAUCGCUUUCUUUCCAAGUUCCUUAGAUCUUUAUUGUUGAUUUUAUCUUUUUUAUUGUUGAUUUAACUCAUUUAUUUAUUUAUUUAUUUAUUCGUUCAUAUUUAGGUUUUUAGGUCCUUAUAAGAGAAGAUACUGGUGUAAUCUUCAAUACCAUUUAUUACAACAUAGAUCACAAAAACAAACCUUCUAAAGUUCCAAAAAUGUUACAGAAGACACAUCCUCAGUGUCCUGAACAGUUGUACAUUGCUUUUGUUUUUUUUACUGGAUAAAUGAGAUCAUUUAUUCUUUUGGCAUGCAUUACAGUGUAAGCCUGUGUAGACACUACAGAGGUGGUGGUUUGGUUUCUUGUUGUGGGAACUGAGGCCUCCUCUGCUUCUCCAAAGCACCACACAGAGGGGAGGAAAGCAUUUCCCCGUCACCCCAACGACCUCCAGCGCAUUGAUUUUUAUCGCUCCCAUCAGCUUCCCUCCCUCCACGUUUGCUCACUGCUCCUCCAGAUUGUGCUGAAACGCGUCGUCAGAGGGUCCCCCGGGUCCCCUUGUGUAUGAAGUAGACAUAAAGGAUAUAAUGUUUAUUCUAAUCUUACUUAAACUCUGUGACACUGCAGCUUGGUGGAAUAUAUCAUUGUAAAUGUGGUGCAUGGAAAACUGCUGAAAACGAACAAUAAACUUCAUCAAGCCAUUCGUGUCAGUGAGCCGGAUAAAUAAACUAAUGAAUGGAAACCUGAAUCAUUAAGGAAGCAAGGGACAUGUUUGAGAUGUUUAGUCUUUGACCUUCAUAUGAAACGAUCUAGUGUAGGGCUUAAUGCAGACGCUUUUCUUUAUCAUUAUAUCUCACUGUGUGUUGACUUGAUGCUGCACUGAAAUUAAAAAUCACCUGCAAAAACUGGA